UUCAACGAGAGUAAACAAAGCUCAGGGCGGCAAAUUUUUUUCCGAAGGCAGUUCCUCUGAAAAAGACUGUGUUCAAAGUAAUGAAAGAGUCAGAAAAAAAUCAUACAUUCUCUUUUUUUCUCCGCUGGAACUAAGCCUGUCCUAAAUUCAAAUAAUUUUUAGAAAAAUUGAUACCCAACUAUUCAGUUUUUAUCUCUUUCCUUCGUAAUUUUAUUCCAAAUAGCCCUCAAUUAUCCCUAAGCUAUCUAUCACUCAAACUUUUGACCAUUUUAAGUUUUCAAAAUCUUGCACACCUCUGCUUAUUGUUGCAGUAAACUCCAUCUUUUUACAUCCUUGGGGAAAACAUCGAGCCACAUUUUGCAGCUUAAGCAUCACUAAAAACUGAGGCAGUUAUCAGAUUUAUAAUAGAAGUUGCACAUUGGAUUUGUCAUCGGAACAACACAAGUUUCGUGUUAACAUGUCUGAGAACUUGAAUGAAUCCUUCAUGGGAAUUGGUUUGAGUGUGGUUCCGGACUUAUCUGUGGACGGAGAAGAGGAGAGCUGGAAACACUCCUUCUACGAGCCACUUCCCAACUGGGUGCACAACUUGAUAGGCAGCAUUCUCAUGAUACUAAUCUAUCUGGGAGUCCAUGGCAAUGGCAUCACUAUUCACAUAUUCCUCUCGACCAAGUCACUUCGCACUCCGCAGAAUCUGUUUUUGGUGAACUUGCAGUGGUUGACCUGAUCAUGGUGAUGGCGUGCCAGCCGAUUUUCUGCAUCUCCAGUUUCCUGAAAUACUUCCGAAGUCGCACGAGCUGCACCUUUGACUUCAUCUCCCGAACGUGGUCUAAUCGAAUCAACCUCCUCGUCAUGUACAUUGCUGGAUUCCUUUUCCCCCUCGCCAUCUCCAUCUUCUGCUACCUGCGCAUAUUCUACAAGGUGAAAAGAACCCAAUCAAGAUCAUCAGUCAGAAAUGACGCCAAGGGCCACCGGAAGGGUAAAGAGCUUUUGGUAGCGAAAGUAUCUUUGGUCUGUAUUGGUGUGUUCAUCAUCACAUGGCUGCCAUACGCAUUGCUUGGAGUAGUCGGACAGUUCGUUGAUCCACAUCAGCUCCGACCCUACAAGACUACGCUGCCAGCCUUGAUUGCGAAAAGCAACUGCAUCUGCAACCCCAUCAUAUACGCUUUGGGCCAUCCCAGCUUCAAAAGAGAGCUGAAGCGCCGGCUGACUGGACCUUGAAUGACAAACUCCAGAAGACAACACGAAUCGCAUGCCAACAUCCACUAAAAUGAACAAUAAGAACUCAAAUGCUUUGACACUUCGCAGGAAGUUAAGCGAAGAGUAUCUGCAAUGUCUUGAUUUUUUUAGUAAUUGUACACUGCUUACAAUUUUGGUUGACACUAAGACUCAUUUAACAGAUUUUUUUCUCUCUGUUUGUGUGUGCUUGUCUUCAAAUGCAGUAAUCGAUGAUAGCCAUUUACAGGUUAAAACUAAAUUGUAUUAUCAUAUUUCUUUCUUGACUAAA